UCUUGGGUGAUUGUGAUAUCAUUACGCGCAUUCUGCAUAAUGUUAAAAAAGAAUGAAUUUGGGAUACCCUCAAACUAUUAUGACACUAUAAUUGUUGAAGUGUGAAAUGAAGGGGUGACUGAGCCUUUGAAGAUAUAACAAAGAGAAAAACCAGCAAACAGGAAAUUGUGUUGAUACUAUGGCAGAAGAUGAUAUUUAUACAGAAGAUGGGACCGUUACCGUCUCAGGAAAACCUGCCAUCAAGAAAAAGACUGGAAAUUGGAAAGCCUGCUAUUUUAUUCUUGGAAAUGAGUGUUGCGAGAGAUUGGCAUACUAUGGUAUGAGUACAAACCUGGUGAACUAUCUUCAGGUUCGUUUCAACCAGGGAAACAUAACCGCUGCAAAUAAUGUCACAACAUGGUCAGGCACAUGCUACAUCACACCAUUGCUUGGAGCCUUUCUGGCUGAUUCAUACUUGGGAAGAUACUGGACAAUUGCUAGUUUCGCAACUAUCUAUGUCAUUGGGAUGGUACUUUUAACAUUGUCUGCUACUGCCCCUGGAAUAAAGCCAGUAUGUGAUGCUAAUGGUUGCCAUCCAACAUCGGCACAAACCGCAGCUUGCUUCAUAGCACUCUACUUGAUUGCUCUUGGAACCGGUGGCAUCAAACCAUGUGUAUCAGCUUUUGGUGCAGACCAAUUUGAUGAAGCAGAUGAGAAAGAGAAACUAAGGAAGAGCUCUUUCUUCAACUGGUUUUACUUCUCAAUUAAUAUUGGUGCACUUAUUGCUUCCUCAGUAUUAGUUUGGAUACAAAUGAACGUUGGCUGGGGAUGGGGUUUUGGAGUUCCUGCUGUUGCAAUGGUCAUUGCAAUCAUAUUUUUCUUCAGUGGUAGUAGACUCUACAGACUUCAAAUACCUGGAGGAAGUCCCCUCACAAGGAUUUGUCAAGUCAUAGUGGCAGCCUUGAGGAAAUUCAGUCUUCAAGUGCCAGAGGAUAAAUCUCUUCUUCAUGAGACUGUAGAUGUAGAAUCUGUCAUCAAAGGGAGCCGCAAGCUUGAUCACACAAACCACUUCAAGUGUUUGGAUAAGGCAGCAGUAGAGACCCAAUCUGACCAUACUAAAGGUUCGCCAAAUCCUUGGAGGCUUUGCACAGUAACACAAGUAGAGGAACUCAAAUCAGUAAUCUCUCUUCUACCAGUUUGGGCAUCACUAAUUGCCUUUUCAACUGUAUACGGCCAAAUGAGCACCAUGUUUGUUCUACAAGGCAACACAAUGAACCAGAACAUUGGUCCUCGCUUCAAGAUCCCAUCAGCAUCCCUCACCAUUUUCGACACGCUAAGUGUCAUCUUCUGGGCCCCUGUGUAUGACCGCAUCAUCGUCCCAUUUGCAAGGAGGUACACUGGCCACAAACAAGGAUUCACAGAACUCCAAAGAAUGGGAAUUGGCCUUGUCAUCUCCACUGUUGCCAUGAUCGUUGCUGGCGUUUUAGAGGUUGUUCGCCUUGACAUGAUCAGGAAAAACAACUACUAUGAUGUUCAGACCAUCCCCAUGUCAAUUUUCUGGCAAAUACCCCAGUAUUUUAUUGUUGGAUGCGCAGAAGUUUUCACCAACAUUGGUUCCUUAGAGUUCUUCUAUGGCCAGGCACCAGAUGCUAUGAGAAGCAUUGGUAUGGCUCUCUCACUCACCACUAAUGCCUUGGGAAAUUACGUUAGCACACUGCUUGUCACUAUUGUAGCUAAAAUCACCACAAGGCAUGGUAAGCUUGGUUGGAUCCCAGACAAUCUGAAUAGAGGCCAUCUUGACUACUUCUACUGGCUUUUGUCCAUUCUCAGCUUUCUCAACUUCAUUGUAUUUCUCUGGGUUGCAAAGAGGUACAAGUACAAGAAGGUGGCUGGGAAUACUCAUUAAGAUAAUAAUAGCUCGAGGUUGAACAACUCUAUUUGCUGAAGAUUUCUUUUAGUAGUGUUUUUAUCUUGCGUUUGCACCACUUUCUUAAAGGAUUAAUUGUAUAGAUGUUAUUUGGAGUGUUUUGGCAUGUUAAAAAAUGUUUUCUUGGUUUUAUAUUCCGUUGUUUGUUUUA